ACAUUAUGAGUUCAAGUAUAAAUGCAGAUCUCUGUGCAACUAUUGAUAAAGUUAUUUUGGCUCAGAAAACAGCCAGGAAAAAUAGUGAUAAAUACAAUAGGCUCUGGAAGCAGCAAGAAGCGCUUAUGGAUGAAACGGAAAUUGAUAACACCGAAAGGUUUAACUGGAAGAAAGUCGCAAAUAGAGAUAAAAAAGGGUUAGGAGAAGCAAUGCAGUUCGACCAAGAUCGAGAUGAAAAUCCAGUUUUGGCGCUAGAUAUAAGCAAGCCAGAUCCAUGGUUUUUAAUGAAGAGGAACGACCUGAAAAAUUCUGGGAAUUGUUUUGAGGGCAGGUCCUCAUGCAGCUCCUUGUUCAAAUCUAUGGAUUGCUUAUUUUGCGAGAACAUAUUUACCAAAGAAUCAAUUGAAAGUUCGGCUGUAAUUGGUGCGUGCAAAUCAUGUGACUUCUAUUUCGACUUUACUUGCACGUUAUGCAGCAUUGGGUUCCUAGACCUUGAGUCGCGGGGCAAGCACGUUCGAUUCUGGCAUCCCAACUUCUGUUUCAUUUGUCAGGCUGGGUUCACCAGUGAUCUCUUAUCUGAAAACCAUGUGUUUGAAUGUCUUGCAGCUUGCGAGAAAACACGAAAAGGUAUGCUGACCAAAGUUAUGUUCGCGGAAGUUCCCGAAAAAAUGGCUGUUCAUUGUGAAAAAUGUGCUCUGAUUUUCGACAACGUGGAUCUUAAAUUAGGCCACAUGGUAUCAACGCAUCUAUACAAAAAAUGUGAAGUAUGUUACGGGGUUUAUGAAACUGAUAUGGAUUUGUUCAAGCACACUUUAGCGCGACACGUGAAUAUAAAGAAAUGUUCAUGUUGCCAAGUAGAGUUCGAAAGUGUGGUGGAGAGGGUGAAACAUACGAGGACUAUGCAUAAGGAUAGGUGCCCAUUGUGUCAGAAAGAUGUGUGUGAGGGUUACAGAAGACACGUAACAGUAUGUGCUGAUUUGAUGCCAAAGAGCUUCAAAGCUAUGUUUGAGUGAAAACACAGGCGAAGUGAAGUAGGAAAGUUAGAGAAAAAUUAGCAAGUUAAGUUAAGACGAAGCAUGGCGAACGACCGAGAUGAGAAAAGAAAGUAAAAGAACCUCUUUUGGUAUACAUGCUAAAAGAACUGAUGAAAAUGAUUUAGUUAAGUAGAACAUUUGGCUCUUCUACCAUCUCCAUGUCCUCCACCUGGUUUAAGUAUAAUU